CACGGACUCACCAUGAGGCUUUCUUGGUCGCGUCGUAUUAUCGCCUUCAAAUUAUACUUUUGCUUUCACAAGCAUAUCUUUUGAGGGAUUUUCCCUAUUUGUAAGAGAUGAUCAGAGGUUUUGUAAAAAUUGUUUUCAGCAAGGGCUGAUUGUGUAUCAGACUCCAAUGUUUCAUCAAUAUUAUGAUUUAAUUUUUUGACCGUCUGGUGGCACGUUGUGACAAAAGGCAACAAUCGUUCGUGACCUUUUGGCUUUUGUGUACGUGAAAGGGCCGAUUGUUGACCCCCGAAAGAGUCCUUCCUAUGAUGUUUUCUGGGUACCCUCAUGCUUUGAAACGUUGUUUGAAUUUCAAAAGGACCUCUUCAAAUGUUUUUUCGAAGAGUUAGUCCGAAGCAAUCUUAUUCCUUCGACUUAGUGAGAACAUAUUUUUCGCCUAAUGGGUGGCACGAAUUGGGAGGUCUCGAACGGUUUGUCAUGGGUUUUGAUGUCAAAGAUGGAAUCUUCAGCGAAUUUUUCCCCUUUAAACACUGUGGUAUCCACUUUUUAUAGUGGAUAAAUUUCAAAUCGCUACUUCAAAUCUCUGACUGGCAUACCGUGCACAUAAGUUGAUCAAGUAUUAACCGAACAUGGAGCCAUUUUCAAAACGCCCGCGGUUUUUGUUUGAUUUAGACCUAGUUAUGUAUAUAUGCCCGAUGAUACCGCCAGAGAUCGUUGGACUGUGGGCGAAAACAAAAUUAACUGUUCCCACGAUUGGAAGGAAACGACGAUUUAAUACCAAAAUUUAAAAGGCAUAGCGUGGACAAGGCCUCACAGUUAUAACACAAAAACAACAGGAAGUGUCAAGGCAGCUUUUAAGUUGCGUCGACUGGUUCUCACAGGAAAAUGUCACCUUUUUAAUUUAUUCUGAAGGUGUAAAAAGCUUUGACGGAAAUGCAGUUCAUCGCGACUCUUUUCAUCACCGCUAUUAUUGUUCCCUCAGUAGUAUAAAAAAAGGCAGUGAUGAUUCGCGAUAAGAGGUCUUUAGGUCUUCAGGUCUUAAGGUCUUCAGGAGUGUAUCCCAGAACUGAUCAGCCUUGGUUGUAAACUAACCUUCUACUUAAGAUGCCUCCAAAAGAUAAGCGCAGUAAUGAAGCGAAACUGUGGUACAUUAAAGUGAAUUCGGGAGCCGCGUAUUUAUACAGAGGAGGAAAAAAGAGUGGAAAAUUUCUUAAACAUAAUCGGAGCCGAAUCAUACCAAGACUCAUCAGGUUCUGUUGCUGAAGAAUCUGGAGCAUCACCUCCCAAGAAGAAACUCAAGGUGAUUUAAAGUAUACAGUAUACAUUUAUUGCUGACAUUGGACUCUAAAUUCCCAUUCAAUCCAGGUUAUGGCUAAAUUACUGAUGUAUCAAUUCACUGUAAGCCUAAAAUCUAUCAUCAAUUCUUCUUUCAGCUCGAAUUCACUCCAAUAAAUUCACGGGGCGCGUAUCGGUUUGGAUCUGUGAACCCACGGUAUUUUAAUAGGUUUGCAAGUGACGACUCAUUUAAGAAAAUUGUGACCAAAACGGCCGACGAACUCGCUAACGGGAUCAAAAAGAGUUUGGAGGAACUUGAAGUGGAUCAUGACCCUUCCCAUGCAGAACAACGGCCGCAUACAAACGUUGAGCUUUCUCAGUCUUUAACUCCUCUCUUCUGUGACGUUACUUCACAAUCAAGCAAGCGAUCGGGACACAAUAGGGAGGAAGGAAGUUAUAGGAAAAGUAUACAGAAGAGGUGCAACGAAUGUCAACUAGAUAGUAAGUAAGAUUUAAUAAUAACAGGCAUGUUAUCAAAUGUUACCUGCUUUGGAUCGAGAAAGAAUAAUAAGUGAAGCAUUUGUAUCAAGAAUUUCUGGCUACCUGAUAGACUGUAAACCAUGCAAUCCUGAUUUUCAUUGUAAGCUCAAUAGAGUUAACUGAUGAAUGUGGUCAAAAUAGGAUGCAUAUAGCUUUUUUAUGUGAGACUUACAUGCGGUUGAAAAAUCUGCAACCGCUUACCAUUCACAAAAAGGCCUGUAAAAUCAAUAUCAUACCAGAGUAAUACCAUGCACAUCAUCAGAUUAAAAUAGGGUAAAGUCUUAAAUUUUUCGCUCGAAGGUUUACAUAGACAGGUAUUUGUUCUUUGAGUUAUUUUUCCUUUUUUUUUUUUUUUUUUUUUAAGUGUUGAUGUUGCCAUUUUUGUUGGAUUAUUGCUAUCAUUAUCUUUAUUAAUAUUAUUAUCAUCAUUAUUUAUUAUUACUCUUAUUAUUGUUAUCUUUGAUACAACCACUAUCAUUAUUAUUAUUAUUAUUAUUAUUAUUAUUAUUAUCAUUAGUGGAAGUGGUAGCAUCGUUGUAACAUAAUGAUCAAUAGUAUUAUCAUUGUCGUUCUUUUUUUAUUUCCAGAUAAGGCACAUUUAAUUUCCAUCGACAAUUUAAUCCUCCCUCCAAAGAAAAGACAGAUAAGAGAAGUAGACACCGCCUUCCUUGAGCAGUUGAUUAAAAACAUGAGUGAGCAACCCUCUGGGAAUUAUGAAGCGCUGUUUGUCUUGGCAAAAGGAAUUACCAAGAAAGACCAGUUUGAGUUGGAAAAGAUAAAUGAAUAUAAAUAUGAAGUUCUCGGUGGAACUCAUGUUGUCUUGGCUACGAAACAUCUUCGUGAGAAAUUUCCUCACGACGCCAACUACAGCGGAAGGGUGGCCAGGAUAUAUGUUGGGCUCAAUGAUGAAGAAGCCUUGUGGUUAGGAGCCAUGCACAAUCAAACUGGGGCAUUUCGUCACGAGCUUACGUACAGGAAUGAGGUAAGGUCAAAAUUUGUCUAUUGUGAAAUGUGCCAAAUGUUGAAAACAAUUCUUAGUUUGUUUUUUGAAUUUUUAGAUUUUUUUUUUCAAAUUACUAUAAUUAUUAUCAAUCAUUAUAAAUAUAUAAUUUGAAUUUCUCGCUCUGACGAAGGGCUAACGCUUGAUACAUCAGCUUGGAACUCUUUACGGUGACCAAUUUACGUUAUCAACUCAGUUGAUAAUACCAAUAGCCUUGUCAUACUCUCCUUUCGACGUAUCACCGUAGUUUCUUAAGAAAUUAACCCCUUUAAUUAUAAGUUUAGUCUGUUCUGUUUAUAUCUUUGCUUUCAAAAUUUUGUAUGUGAAUUCAUGAGUACAUUUAAAAAAUCAUUCCAGUUUCUUUGCCAGCUGUUUGGCAAUCAGAUGCUGCUUUUUUCCAUGUUAAUUUUCAGUUGAAUUGGGAACUUUAUGUAGUUUGGAUUAUUAACAAAUGUGUCACUAAAAAUGUUUUCCAUUCCAAUAUUCAAGGUUGAGAUUUGUCGCACCCAAUUAUUCCUGCCAGCGGAAGACUAUUCAGGUGAUCCACCAACCCCUCCUGAAGCGUGGAGAGAGAAGUGUUCGAGUCUGCUUAAAAAAUCGGUAAGAUUGUGAAAAUAUAUACUUGUUACUUUCACAAGUAAUCCACCGACUUGCAGGUGUUAUUACUUGACACUUAAAUUUCCUCUCAGUGAAUGCACAGCAGGCAGCAAACUCUUAAUAAAAGCAUACGAGCGUGUUUCCUUGUAUAUGAUCAGUAGCACAGUUCUGAUGUACAAAAGCGUAACAUUGGGGUAAAAUUGAAAAAUUUAUUUAAGAACCAAUUCUUAUUAGAAUUAAGUCAGAAAGUGAAGGAAAUUGGUUCCUAUCUUGAAAUUAUGUCAUUUCGGUCGAUUCGGACGCAUUUCAAGCAAAUUUUCUAUUACCCAUGAUGCAAUGCGGCCACGCCCUUUUUUUUAAAAUUUUUUUUUAAUGCAUAAAUACCGUGUUUCAAGGAAAAUGUUUUUUUUCUCGCCACAUCUGAAUCCUAGAAACUCUAGAAUCCUUAAUCUUUGCAUUUAAUUUCACGGCCUUGUGCUUGCGAACAAAAACAGCACUUGACUGCAUGCUUGAAACAUGCGGUAUGUACUUAGGAAGUUUCCCGCUCAUUUCCUCACCUGAUGUAAUAUUUUACUUCUUAAUAAGGAAAUAUAAAACAGUCCUCAUUGAUUAGGUAGACUUUGGGAUGAUUUGGAAGUAAAGAAAACCGUCAAAAUGACAAGAGCGUCGCGCUUGUUCUUGCUAUAAAUUCGAUCGCGUAUCUUCCUGAGGAUCAAAAUUGUAGACCUAAUGUUUCGGAUGAACUUAAAUGCUAAUAUUUUCGUCGGCUUUUAACGGAUUCGAUCGAGUAUGGUACCAAAAUUUAGCUUGUCAUUUGAGCAUUUUGUUUAUGCUCCAGUGCACUUGUCGCAAACAAUACGAUUAGGAAAUUCAUUGACUGGUACUAUCGCGCGGCAGAUCACAGCGCUUGCCAACUGUUUCGGACGCAGAAAAAAAUUCAUAUCUCGACAACGUUUCAACAAAAACACAAAAAAGAUUCAAGCAAAUCCGUGAUUUUUCAAUUUGUACGUGACAAGCGUGCUACUGAUCAUAUACAACUCAAACCCAUCAAGCUAGUUCACCAUGAGGGAAAUCUACAUGUACUUUUGAGAUGCAUCAAAGAAUGUUGAGCGUGAUGGUUAAGGAAAAGUGUUGUGUUAAGUCGCCAAGACAAUUUCUCUAAUGAUUGUAGAUAUAUGAAAAUCACAUACGUGCACUGCGGUGAAGAAACGAAUAUAAGAGAUCCUCGCAGCUAUGAACACUGCUGAACUAGUAGUUGAAAUAAGGCCUGCCCGUACGGGAUUUGAACCCAUGACCUCUGCGAGAUAUUGCUAUGACUGUUGAUGCAAACUAAUCUGACAUUAAUGUGUGUUGCCUUGUAGAAAAGAAAUCUAAGUGAGAUCUUUACCAUGGCACAGCUGUCAGGAGAGGGCUGGACUCACUUUAGGAAUUUAAACGAUUUGCAUGAAAAUGCCCAAUUAAAAGGACAGAAAGCUAAAGCCUCGGACAUAGUUAAGAAAGGGAAACCUGUGCUCAGGCAGUGGCAGUUAAAACCCCUCUGCAAGUUGUCCGUAAAAGACCAAACGUUUCUUCUAAAAAAGUGAGAUAUGUGCGACAUUGUCCUUUAAAUCAUUAUCAAGUGUAUCCUGUCUUCAAAUUUGUAUGAGAUGAUUUAUUAAUUCAAUUGUUCAAUUUUCUUAUCGUCAUGAUCAUCACGAUCAUCAUCAGGAGUGUAUCUACCUGGAUUUUUCUUUUCUCUUUUGAGCCCUGUGGUUGAGGAGAGGUUUCAUACUUUCAGAAAAAUAGUGAACAUUUGAAAGCUGAUUAUCUCCGCUUGUUUUUAUUCAUCGUUUUUAGGUGGCAACUUGCGAGUUAAGCUUGGAAGAAAUGAAAUUUGCUGCCUCCGAAGUAAAAUCUCUAAGACCUGUCCAGGAGGCCAUUGUUAAAUUCUUCAAGGUCAGCACGUGGGAAGAGGCUAUUGAAGAAUUUAAAAGCGCCGUAUCAUCUGAAAAGUUGUUGCAGUUUGCUGUAAGUUGACAUGUAAUAGUACGUACCUCAGUGACUCAGUGACUUAUUUGACUGACAAUUUUUCUGUUUACUCUGUAAUUAAAUCAUGUCAUAUUGCCCUUCUGUGGCGAUUUCCCUUUUGAAGUUAAAUAUUUCAACUUCUCCAUAAAAUUUCCUUCAUUUCUAGAUGUUAUGAAUUCCAUCGCCUGAGGAAAAAAACCUUCGUUUCGAUAAUUCAGUUUUAGAAUCCAUGCAUGGAGCAAAUCAUCGUUGAUAUACUGAGUUAUUCGUUCACUAUCUGUAGGGAAAAGACUUUGAACAGACUCACGAAUUCCAAAAAUACUUGCAACGUUUAAAAAGAAUACGAACAGGAGAGGUCAUUGAGACGGCCGACCUCAUAGAGGGAAAAAUGGGAGCAUUUGGGCUCGUAGUAUUUAGCAACAGCCUGUUAGACGUACAACAAAGCGAUCUGGCAAAGUUGCCACAUUACGAGGGAGCGUUUUUAACCAUAGGUGAAGCAGGGGAGCAGUGCGAGGUAAGAUAAAAAUCUAGGUGAGACUCUCCCGCUACCGUUCGACUAUCGAGUGACUUGGAAAGAAAUGAAUUAAGUGACGAGGCAUUGUUAUUUUAAUUGCCCUUGUUAGCAUAAGACGUUAAGUUUCUUGUCGCCUUCUGUUGUUUUAAUUUUCCGAAAAGUUUCAUUUUAACCGGGAAAUGUUAUAAGAUAAGUUAAAUGAACUUAAUAUGAACAUUUACUUCAUUUUUAUGAUAAAAAAUCAUGUUACGUUCCAGUUAGGCUGAGAACGGCACGGAAAAAUCGCCUUUAACGAAUACAUGUAGGAUUUUACUACAAUCCUAAUCAAAUCCUGUUUUUUGUGGAUAACUUUUAGUUAUUUGCAUUUACUUAUUACGACUCAUAUUUUUCUCUUCACAGAAUGCUGAUGAUGUAAUUAGUACUGUUUCCCGCAUUAAUUUCUGUAAGCUUACAUCCUUCAACAUUGUUUUAUUUACAAUGGUUGAAGGUGUAAAAAAUCUUAAAGAAAAAAUGCUAAAAGAGGGCGCUACUCUGGCACAGCAUGGCUACUUUUACGUCCAAAAUAAACCUCCAACUACAGCACAAGGUAAGAUACUUCUAGAAUUAAACAACUGUCCUCAGAAGAAAGUUUUAAAAACCUCAUAGUCAACAGAAUUGAAUUAUUUGAUGUACUUGUAGAGUUAACAAAUUCUAUAAUCUGAACUUGUUUUAAACUUUCUCCUUGAGAGCGUAUUACAUGCACAAUUUAUAGUAAGGUUUGGUGAAUUAAAACGUUCCAGCAGUGUCGAAAGAAAUUAGUAAGUGUAUAAUACGCAUAUAUCAUAUUGUUGAUACUCAUUUUAAUUUUUUUUAGGUCCGUAUUUACAGGAAGCCUUGAAACCUUUGUAGUUGGACACUGGUCUGUCUCAAGGCAAAUAACCUCGAGACAUUUGUCCGCCAGUAAAGAAAAUUUGAUUUUCCUGAAUUCAUUCCCAGCACAAGGCUACACAUGGCUUGUAGAAAACCUCUCCAGAGAAGGGGACGUGGUUAUUGAUGCUGGAACCCCCAAUGGCUAUGCAAUGGUGGCUGCGUUGAGGAAAGGGCGAAGCGCAGUUAGGAUAGACAGUACCGCUUUGCCUUCCGAACAGGCAGCGAUAGAGACUAAAAUUUGUAGUCUUGUAUCUUCGUAG